CGGUCGUCCGUUGUGAAGCACCGAAAGUCUCUCUCUCGGUGAGAGUCUCACCGAUAAAGCCGCUGUAGUACAUGCUUAUAGGAUCGUUGGGGCCAUGUAUGAGUCUUGGUGAUGAACCAGUUGCAAAAAGUCGCUCAUGCGGGGGCUGUUCGCACUUCAACUUUGGAUAUCUACGCCGUUACCACUGCAAAUAUCGAGGGACAAGCGAGAGGCCUCGCAAAUAAGGCAAGCAUGCCUUUGGUGUCGCAGCAUUUAGCAACAAUAGCAACAACACGAUCUAUCUAUGAAACGGAUGGAGGCAGACCGGAACUCGGAUUGAAGUGCUCUAAUGGUCAUGCAUCGGACACGGUAACAGGAUAUGGUGGCUGGAGCAAACAUCGACGGAACCAACGAUUUUAUUCGCUUGUGGGUGACCAGCGUCAAUAGACAAGGCUACAAGUGCUGGUCGGCUGGGGGCAAGGUUUUCAGCGACUUCCGCUGACAACAAUCGCUGAAAUUCGAGUGUAAGCCUUGUGUCGCUUUACAAGCUUUACCCUGCUUGGCCUUGCAGCGUUUCCAGUAAAGGUGGACAUACUGAAAUAAGAAACAGGCAGAAACCAGCUACGCAGAACUCGGAACCCCAAGAUCAAUGCAAGGAUUCCUGUUGCUUGUGUUGCUUUGCAUCGCUGGUUGUGGUGCUGCCACUCGAAGACGUGAGCUAGACUCGGCUAUCACCAGCUUCCUCCAUGAGCGAGCCGCUUGGAAGCCCAUAUGCCUCUACACUUUCGACGAUCCUGCUAUCACAGGCGGAGCCACUGUUAUGAACCUGGUGCCCGGUGAUGUUUGUCCGUUUGACGCUCUCCAGCCAGACAACGAGCUCGUGACGAGUUUGAACACAGCGUCUUCCUUCUGGCAGCUUGGAGUCCACCUGGCAGAGGAUCCCAACAACGACACCAAGCGGGUACAGCUUUCUUCGAUCAGCUCAGUCUCCGCACGUGACUUCUUCACAAUGGCAGCCGUGAGGAACAGCACGUUAAGUGAAGGUGGCGUGACAUUCGAGAUGGUGAUUCGGCCCCGAGCGAAGAUCAACCACAGUAUGACUCUGUUCUCCAUCGCCAACGAGUACGACAACUGCGCGGAUUCCGGGUUUCGUUUGGAUGUAAACGAGCACCAAGUGUUAGCCUUUAUCUACUUUCUUCCUGUAUUGGAGGAAGUUGGCGAAGCAGGCGUGGAGGCCUGCUAUGAGCAGCGUCUCUUUUCAGUGGACAACUCAGCAGUGUGCCAGCUCCCACCACAACUGGAUCCGGUGGAACGAACUCCACCCGUUCACAUCACUGUCACAUUGGAUCCAUCGAGUACGAGAGGUCUCUGGAAAACGGAUUUCUACAUGAGCUACACAGACGUCGAGACAAUGCAGCGAGUGGACUGUGCAGUGCACGACGAGCAGCAUCCACCCAACACUCAGCUUCUCAACAACCUUAUUGAAGGUCGAUAUCGACUGCAUUUAGGCAACAGUCCUCGCAAUGUUACUUUUCCUCGACAACGCAAGCAUUUGGCUGCUGCACGAGAUUUCCAACCACUUGGGAAUACGAGCAACCUGAACGCCACAGAGCGGCUUCGUGCAGUGUUGAAGCAGAAGUUAGUGAGCAUCAGUGGACCGCGGCUGCCCAAGGCUAUGCGAAUUUUCGGUGAUAACUCGCUCUCACUACAAAUUUUAGGGAUCACUUUUCCACCGUUGAAUGAGGAUACACCUUUAGCUUACCUUCGCAGUAAGUUUGCAGACUUCAAGGAGCAGUACGGCGACCAGAUUGUCGAGUACUUGGUCAACUUGGUCCAGCAACAAGCGAGAGGCCCCGUUGUAAUGCAGCAGUCACAGUCAAGUGAUCAAAGUAGCGAUGGAAGCGGUGAGUUCUCCAGAGUGAAGCUGUUUCAAGGCGCAGAUAGUGCGGCUUUCGACAUCUUCCACUUCGGCAUUUAUCGUCGCGUGGUGUCGGAGGAUCAAGUGAAUUCGAUUUCAAGGCGACAGUUACUACCGUCCCGGCAAUUUCCAUCUCUGCAUCAAACCGUGCGAAUUCCUGAAGACUCGUUGGUAUUGCUCAAUCUCACGAUGUUUCAUGGAGUUUUCAAUGACUUGCGUCUCGAGCUGCGCGAAAUACCAGAAUUCGGACAGCUACUUCUGUUUCCUAGCAAAACCGUUGUGACUUCGGACAACAUGGGCACCUUUCAAAAGCUUCCACUGGAACACCAGCGCAAUAUAUUUUUCCAACCCCAGCGUGACCAGAACAACGAGAACCUUCCACUACCAAACCCAGUGGCGUUCUCUCGGAGGUUGGAACCAUAUGCGACGGUAAGGUUUGGCAUCGCUGAUAGCUUGGCUGGUCGGGUCGUUAACAAAACUGCGGAAGCUAGGAUUGACAUCUUCGUGGAUGCUGUGAACGAUGCACCACGGCCCUGUGUAUAUGAAUUGGAAGUCCGUGUUGAAAUUGGUGUUCCUGUUACUUUGGAUCUGAAAGGUGAUGACGUUGAUGGGUCUCCUUUCGCUACAGAUUCAAAAUCUGGAUCCACUGAUUCGAAUGAUCUGCUGUCCAGUUUUACUUAUACAGACGAGUCGACCGAUAUCUCAAAUCUCCUGUUGCUGAAAAUUGUACGAUUACCUCAGUUCGGUAAACUGUACGACUGCAACACAAGUUGUGGCGUAUUGGAUCUGAAUUCACUCGAAUCAAUUCGUGUCUACCGAAACGGCACAGAGAUUGCAAACGCGACUCAUUCCACCAAGUUGAUGUACGUUUAUCACGGAUGGGGCCAAGACAGUCUCGAGCAAAAUCGAAGCGCAUCGCUUGAAGUUGAUGAGCUCUGGUACCAAUUGUCCGAUGGGGAUCCUGGUAUCUUCUCUGAUGUCGCCGUGGUUAAGUUCAUUCUCGUUGAUGAAAUGAAUCACAGGAUUGGAGAAAACGUAGUUGUCACCAUUAGACUUGAGGAAGACUCGCUACAGACAUUGAAUCUCCGAGCAUUGGAUCCGCUCGCAGCAUUUUCCAAUGCCAACACCGUCAUCAAAGUGACAACCCUGCCACAACAUGGAACGCUUUUUCAGUUCAAACACCACCAGAGCGGAGCAGUGAAUUUCUCCCUUGAGAAUCUUGGCGCACGCAUCACAGUUUCCAACACGAUCGUUGCAGAUCAUUGGAGUCGAAUUAUCUACGUGCCUCAACUCGAUUACUUCAAUUUGAAUACCCAAGCUUUGAUGGGACGAGUAUCUGACGUCGAUUACUUCGAGUAUCAUGCAUCGAAUACCACCCCUCCGAUCAACGACUCGCUUGCGGUGUAUGAAAAUUCACCCACAGCACAUUUCGCCAAUGAUCUCGAAAUCCGCCGAGUCGAGUUCGACGUCGUUAACGUACCCGAUGCUCUGAUUGCGCUUCCGCCGUUCAUUAUCACAGCAAAUUUGUCGGAUAGUUACGCUACUCCAACACCUGUAGUGUUCGAAGACCCCGACAGCAUCAGCGUUGACGACAUGUAUCAAGUGAAUCUCGAGGCUGAAGACGGCGUAUCAAUGCUUGAGCUGGGAUUCCCCAUCACCGACGAUGAUGUUAUGACUGGAUGCCCAUUUGACCGUCCGUGUACGCUUGUUCGAAGCACAAACGGAACUCAUUUGAACGCCAGUUCAAAUGAUACUCAAGACAAGCUUUACUUCCACAUCACGACCCAGUUAUAUGAUCCUUCACACAUCCAGGUGACUGGGACGAAGACUGCACUCAGUACAGCAUUAUCAGCACUUACGUUUCGCGGAAUCUCUCUCGAUUCCUCCCGCAAAACGGAGUUUAUCUUCUGGGUAAAGCGUGUCAAUGCUAGCAACGAUACUCAACAAGCCGAAGUCACCUUUAUGAUUAACUCUCCCGUGGGUGAUGUGAAUGGUUCAACAGCUGACGAGAAUUUGGUUUCGACGUUGAAUUCGCAGUUUGAGCGGUAUACCUCGACAUUGUUGGUUUUGCUAGCAGGGUGGUUGGUAUUAUCGAACGCUUCAUGCUUGUCAAUAGGAUUCUGCUGCUGCUGCUGCUGCUGCACUAAAGCCCGUAAGAAGCGACGACAGAAGUUUGAACAACAACAGCGGGUGUUCCAGGCACAAGUCGCACAAAAUGACUACGAGUAUUCAGUGCUGCUCAUGAAUCUAGCGGAUUUGCUGUUGGAGCCAAACUUGCUAGUGAGUCGAUGUGUGUUGGAGAGCUGUCUUCCUUUCAAAAGAAACCGGAAGCAGACAGAGAUAUUGGUGCUCGCGUUUAUCUUGCGGAGCUUACUGCCUUUAUUAGAGAGUGAGCGACAGGGAACUCGCUUCGUUUUUCAGCUCAUGGCGAUCGAAUACUCCGAGGGAAUGACCAGUAUGAGAUCAUUGGAUUUUCGGCGCCAAGAGUUUUUGACGCGGGAUAGCACAGCUAGUAAGGCUCUUGCUUGCUUCAGUCGUAUCGUUGGAGCCACAUGGAUUUCCGAGUUGCUGGUAUAUCGUGAUGAAGCAAGUGCCUUGAGUAUGCGAGACACCGUCUCUGAACUCGAAAAAUUCAUUGACAAGCUCGCAGCGCAAGUUGAAACGCUCCCAGUUGAAAUUGUUGUUCUCUGUCGCGCGUGUGUUAAGUUGUUUCGGAGAAACGAAAGAAAUCCAAGUCGUGAGAUGAAGCUAGACGCGGUGCAUCUCGUCUUCUUCAACCAUUUUAUUGGUCCAGUGCUGCUGUUUCCGGGCUAUAUCGUGUCUGGAUCUACCCCUUCAACUGAGCAGCAGAGUACCUUGAGAGCCAUUGCUUACCGGAUUGUAGCAUUUACUGACCAGUGGAGAAGUGCUGCCUACACCAAACCAGAUGAAGUGCGAUCUCGAAGCAGCAAUACCGACAGUUUACUAGGAGCAUUUUCAUCGGAGACUCAGAGCUUAGCAGCAUGCCGACAUAAGUACGAGGCUGUGCUGGAAAUUAUAUCUCAGUCGCUGAUAAUCGAAAGCGCAUUUGAUCCAAACGAGGCUAAGGCUGACGUGGACUGCGAGCUCAUGGGCAUGUACCUCAUGAACGUCCACAGUCUGCUAGACAGCUAUUUUCCCGAGUUCAAACGCAGAAUGCUCCAGACUCAAACGUCGGCGGAUGUUGAGCAGAUACAAAGCACAAUCGCCCGUGUGAAUCGUCUUCUCAAGGCACUCGAUUGGCCACUCGCCAGUACCCACGAAUUGACCGAAUACGCACGAUCAGAGCUUUUAAACGACCCUGUGCUUUGGAACGGCUUCAGCUUCCAAGAAUGGGAGGAUCGAGCACAAACACAACAACAGCAACAGCCUUGCCAAUCUGGCACCGAAAGAACCCAAUCUCUGCUAGCACAUCAGGUCAACGACGACGAAGAGGCGAUCCUAGACGAAGAUGGCAGCUCUCCACACGGCGUAGACUGGAUCAACCACGUGGAUGCAGUCAAGUAG